AGACCUUGGCCAACCUCUCGCGUUGCCCUCGCUGACUGGAGGUCGUCGACGAAGGAGACUCUUCCGCCCCUCGCAGCCGACCGGUCCCGCCAUGUUCUCCCGCUUCACCCGGCCCGCCUCCGCCGCGCUCCGCCGAGGCCUCGCCACCUCCUCCCAGAACCAUGCUAAAGUAUCGGUGCUCGGUGCUUCCGGUGGGAUUGGCCAGCCCCUCUCGCUCUUGCUGAAGAAUAGCCCCUUAAUCAGCCGCCUCAACCUCUACGAUAUCGCCCACACCCCGGGAGUUGCGGCCGACCUCAGCCACAUCGAAACCAGAGCGGAAGUGAAAGGUUUUCUAGGGCCCGAGCAGCUGCCGGAGUCCCUGAAGGGCUGUGAAGUUGUCGUGAUUCCAGCCGGAGUCCCUAGAAAGCCGGGCAUGACCCGCGACGACCUCUUCAACACGAACGCCACCAUUGUGGCAAACCUGGCUGCCGCUUGUGCCAAACACUGCCCCGAAGCCAUGAUCUGUAUCAUCGCAAAUCCGGUCAAUUCCACCAUCCCAAUUACGUCUGAGGUUUUUAAGAAGCAGGGGGUGUACAACCCCAACAGAAUUUUUGGUGUCACCACAUUGGACAUCGUCCGAGCAAAUACUUUCGUGGCUGAACUGAAGGGCUUGGAUCCGGCCCGUGUGAACGUCCCCGUGAUCGGCGGUCAUGCAGGGAAGACCAUUAUCCCCCUCAUCUCUCAGUGCACACCCAAAGUGGAUUUCCCCCAGGACCAGCUGACGGCCCUGACCGGAAGGAUCCAGGAGGCCGGGACGGAAGUGGUCAAGGCAAAAGCAGGCGCAGGAUCAGCCACCCUGUCCAUGGCCUACGCCGGUGCCCGGUUCGUUUUCUCCGUCCUGGACGCCAUGAACGGCAAGGAGGGGGUGAUCGAGUGCUCUUUCGUCCGGUCUGAGGAAACGGAGUGCACGUAUUUCUCCACUCCGCUGCUACUCGGGAAAAACGGCAUUGAGAAGAACCUGGGUAUUGGCAAGAUCUCUCCAUUUGAAGAGAAGAUGGUGGCCGAGGCCGUUUCGGAGCUGAAGGCUUCCAUCAAGAAAGGCGAAGACUUUGCCAAGAGCAUGAAGUGAAGCGACGACGGAAGAACGGCAGUCCCCUUAAUUUAUUUAAGGCUCAUCAUGUCACUUUAAGAGGCGUCGGACGGCAAAGCGUUGGUUUUGCCUAACAGCCUUGGUAUUUACCUGCCCUGUACUCUUGAUUGGAAUUCCUCAAUUAAAGAAAAACAUUAUUUUUUUCAGGGUA